AUGAUAUAUUCUAAGCUUAUCUCCCUGCUAAUUAUUGACGCCAUUGGAUUCAGUACUCUUUGUUUGGCUGAGCAAAAGGGAAAAUGUGGUAGCCCCGAAACUGAUUAUUCUCCAUGUGUGGCUAAGAAUCGAGCUGAUUUAGUAUUUCGACAAUGCUGCCAACUGUAUGUACCUGAAGAAUGUCACGAUUUGUGCCAGUAUGAAACGGAAGAAAUUGCCGCUAGAAACUUGCUGUUGAAAACAACUGAGUCAGGCAAAUGUGAUCUAAAACACAUCAGUGCUGUGCUGUAUUGCGCAUCACAAAAUCAGGAUAAUCGCAAAUGUUGUGAGCACUUAAACUUAGCAGACAGUAAACUGGGUGUAGGAAAUCGCUGCUUACGAUUCUGUGACCCUGCGGGUCAAGGUAUUAAUGCCAUCAGUCGUACCGAUGUCACCUGCUUGUACAACUGGAAUGUACUAUUGUACUGUCACCAAAGUGGUAUCCCGACUGAUUAA